ACAUAUCAACUCUCAUUGAAAAUCUCUUCUAUUCUCGUGUGUCUCCAUUUCCGUUUGUUAAAACAUACACAAACAAAUCCGUCGUCCUUUGUCAGGCAAUCAUGGGACUCCAAGCGUUCAUGAUUUUGCUAUCUGUGCCCCUUUUGCUCUCGGUGUCGACUAUUCUCGGUUACGAUAAGGGGGAGAUCACGUCAUGGUGUACUCAAACACCCCACCCUAAACCCUGCGAGUACUUCUUGAGCCAUAACCCCAAGGGUGCACCUAUCAAGGGAAAGCCCGACUUCCUUAAGUUGUCCUUAAAGCUAGCACUUGACAGGGCCGAGCAUGGUCGGACCAACACCCACUCGCUAGGCCCCAAGUGCCGUAAUGAGAUGGAAAAGGCUGCUUGGGCCGACUGCCUUGAGUUGUACGAGUACACUGUAAGCCGUCUAAACCACACCGCCAACCCCAACACUAACUGUAGCCGGGAGGAUGCUCAAACCUGGCUUAGCACUGCCUUGACCAACUUGGAGACCUGCAGGGCCGGUUUCAUUGAAUUGGGUGUCUCCAACAACGUUCUUCCUCUCCUAUCAAACAAUGUCUCGGAGUUGAUCAGCAAUACCCUGGCUUUGAACGACGUGCCAUACAAUCCUCCGAGCACGACCAGUGGGUUUCCAACCUGGGUUAAGCCCGGGGAUAGGAAGCUCUUGCAGUCAUCCUCAUCUCCGUCAUCCAAGGCAAACAUUGUAGUGGCUCAGGAUGGUUCUGGAAACUACAAGACGAUCAAUGAAGCCAUAACUGCUGCCUCUAAACGGUCAGGGACGAGCAGGUACAUCAUUUACAUUAAGGCCGGAACAUACAAGGAGAAUGUCGAAGUUGGGACGAAAUUGAAGAACAUCAUGUUCGUUGGCGAUGGAAUUGGAAAGACAAUAGUUACUGGAAGUAAGAGCGUUGGAGGAGGAUCUACCACAUUCAAAUCGGCUACCGUUGCGGUUGUUGGAGAUGGGUUCAUCGCCCGCGACAUGACGUUUCGUAACACAGCCGGUGCAGCAAACCACCAGGCUGUGGCUCUCCGUUCAGGCUCCGACCUCUCGGUGUUUUAUAAAUGCAGCUUUGAGGGUUACCAGGAUACGCUCUAUGUGCACUCAGAGAGGCAGUUCUACAGAGAAUGCAACAUCUACGGGACUGUAGACUUCAUCUUUGGAAACGCGGCCGUUGUCUUCCAGAACUGCAACAUCUAUGCUCGCAACCCUCCCAACAAGACCAACACCAUCACAGCUCAGGGCAGGACAGAUCCUAACCAGAACACCGGCAUCUCCAUCCACAACUGCCGAGUCACGGCAGCUUCCGACCUUAAGGCAGUGCAGAGCUCCGUCAAGACCUACCUUGGGAGGCCGUGGAAGCAGUACUCAAGGACGGUAUUCAUGAAGACUUAUCUCGAUAGUCUAAUAAACCCUGCAGGGUGGCUGGAGUGGAGUGGGAACUUUGCCCUCAAGACAUUGUAUUACGGCGAGUACAUGAACACCGGUCCUGGAUCUUCCACUGCCAAAAGAGUGACCUGGGCUGGGUACCGCGUCAUCACCAGCUCAACUGAGGCUUCAAAGUUCACUGCCGGGAACUUCAUUGCAGGCGGUUCCUGGUUGCCUGCCACAGGCGUGCCUUACACCUCGGUUCUCUAAAUUCUGGCAACCAUUCCACAACAUUAUAGUCAAGUUCUUGAUGCUCAAAAGUUGGAUAAGCAACAUUUGAUUCUUUUAUUUCUUUAAAGUGUCUUCACAAGUACGAGUUGCAUUCUUUUUGUAUAGUAGUAAGAUGGUCCACAUACUUUAUUCCAUUUCAAAUAAUUUGUAUCUCCCUGAACGUCAAUUUGUAAUCUUGUCUUGGAUAUACAUCGUGUGUACGAAUAAGAGGAAACUUGUUCAGUAAUAUAGUACAGUUUCCCUUCGCAAUA